AGCUGCAUGAUAAAAAAAUUUCCUAGUGUCCUCAUGUUGUGCUUCCUUGCUUGUUUCACCAAAGAUUAUAGCGAAAUCAUUUCCUCCUUCCUUCUUCCUUCCUGCUUGUUCUUCAUGGUGCUUGAGAACUGAUAUCAUCAUCAUUCAUUAGCUGGGCGGUUUGAAAAGGCUAAAUUCUAAUAACACCAACGUCUUCAUCUUGUAAGCUCCGUCUCUUGACAAAAUCAACGUCCCAUUUAUGCAAGCUUUGAUUAACCAUUUUCAUUCCCUUUUUCCUUCGCACUACUCCCUCAUUCUGUGCCAUGUCUUCCUCUCUCGUUAUUCCUUCCACUCCCUUCUUCGCCCAUGGAACAAGAACCCUCCCUCUCACUCGAUCUAGGGUUUCCAUGACCGUCUCCGCCGGAUCUCAGCCUUCUCUCCGCGACGCUCUGUUCGCCGAUUACAAGGCCUCCACUUCAUUCUUCUUCCCCGGCCAGGGUGCUCAAGCUGUUGGAAUGGGGAAAGAAGCUCAGAAUGUGCCUACUGCUGCGGUUUUGUUCAACAAGGCAAACAACGUAUUGGGGUUUGAUCUUCUUGAUAUAUGCAUCAAUGGGCCAAAAGAAAAGCUAGAUUCAACUGUUAUCAGCCAGCCAGCUAUUUAUGUCACAAGUCUUGCUGCUGUAGAGCUACUUCGUGCGCGUGAUGGAGGUCAGCAGAUUAUUGACUCAGUUGAUGUUACAUGUGGUUUAAGCCUGGGAGAAUAUACUGCUCUGGCAUUUGCUGGGGCUUUUAGCUUUGAAGAUGGACUCAAGUUGGUCAAACUGAGGGGUGAGGCCAUGCAGGAUGCCGCUAAUGCUGCUAAAAGUGCUAUGGUUAGUGUGAUAGGACUGGACUCAGAGAAGGUCCAACAAUUGUGUGAUGCAGCCAAUCAGGAAGUUCCUGAAGCUGAGAAGGUUCAGAUUGCCAAUUACCUGUGCCCAGGAAACUAUGCUGUCUCCGGGGGAUUAAAAGGAGUAGAAGUGCUGGAAUCCAAGGCAAAGUCUUUCAAGGCUCGAAUGACGGUGCGCCUAGCUGUUGCUGGUGCUUUCCACACUAGUUUUAUGAAACCAGCUGUGUCAAGGUUGGAAGCAGCAUUGGCAACAACAGAAAUCAGAACCCCGAGAAUACCAGUCAUCUCCAAUGUGAAUGCACAGCCACAUACAGAUCCUGACUCAAUAAAGAAGAUAUUGGCAUGCCAGGUUACCUCACCUGUUCAAUGGGAAACAACAGUGCAGACUCUUCUAACCAAGGGUCUGAAGAAAAGCUAUGAACUCGGACCCGGAAAGGUUAUUGCUGGAAUCAUCAAAAGAACGGACAAAGGUGCUGAUAUUGAAAAUAUUGGGGCUUAGUGUGUGGGACCUUGCUCCUUCGUGUUCGAAUGAACAAAACUAAUAACAUUUUUUCCAAGAGAGAAUGUGCGUUAGCUAAAUCAGGAGAAUGCAUGGAACUUGAAACUUUGAAAGCAAGGAGCAGCUCCAGUCAGAUUUGAAUGCCAGUUUUGAAGUUAAAAUGUUAUAAAUUAUAAUUCAUGAGUUAGAUAAGUGAUUGCACUCGGCACUAGAAUUUUUCUGUUUUUUGUAAUCUUAGACAAUGUGUCUCGGAGUUAAUUAUGUUUAUGCUUCUUUGUAACAAAUAUAGUUUUUUUAGCCUUUUACACAGGCUUAAUAAUAAUUAGAAGAAACGUUUUACUGUGUUCU